CUCGUGGCCAUGUCAGGGGCCAUGUGGACAUGCAAGACCUGCAGCCAACUGCAAGUCUGCAACGUCGGCCACACAACCUCGCCUCGCUUCCAAUUUAGGGAAAUGCUCCGCUUCGGCUACCCGGCCCGCGAAAUUGGAAGCUCGGCCUCAGUCGCUUGGAGCCCGAACGAAGCGAUCAAUUACAAUGUACGUGCUUACGCAUAAGAGUUAUUUCCUGUCACCAGUCUUGAUUUCCUUGCGUCCCGUAGGCACUGACUAUAAAGCUCUCACUUAAGCAUGUGCGCUGUAUGCCUAUGCGAGGGGUACUGGCGACGCCGCACGGGUAAGCCCGGUUAAGCCGGGGCAAGCGGACCGGCGUGGCCGUUGCGUGUCCCCUGCCCACCAUACUUUCGCACCGCAGGUAAAUGUUGGUGAUUUGUAUGAUAUACGUGUCAAGGUUACCGCCCCGCCAAAAACCCCUGCUGCCUGGCGCAAAGCGAGCAAAGCCAAUCAUCGGCUGGUUGAGAGGGUGGUCUAAAUUUGAGCACUUCUCCGGGCGCACCUCACUUCUCCUAGCCUUGAGCUAAAUCGAUUAUUAUAUGGUCUGAUAAAAUCCUGUAAACCCGCUCACGGCCACGGACUGGACGUGCGGCCUUCCUUUGAGCCUUAAACUUACCUUGGCGACUAGUUGGUGUGAAUAUAAUUAGAAUGCAAAGACAUUGAUCAAUUGCACUCGACGGGGCUUUGUGGCUCAGGUGGUCGGCGCCGAGCGCAAUAUGCAGCUAUGCGCUGAGCUUCCGACCAGCGCAAAUGGACCAUGGGCGGUUCGGGGCUCGCACAAGCCCAGUAUUCGGCUAUCAUUACUGCCUUCAUACUCAACAUGGUCCCAUGAUGAGCAGCGCGUAGCAAGCGGAAUGCUUGCUUGCUCAUCCACCUCAUGCUGCUGCGCUGCUGGGCGGGGCUCGGCGCUGGUCGCCUGUGGGCUGCCCGCGAACCGUGUGGACGCUGCUGCCGGCGCUCAGAAGCGACGGCGGCCGCAGCAGCAGCGCCUCAGCGGGCGGUUGGUGCCGCCACGCAGCUCCGCGGCCUGGGCCGAGGACGGCGGUUACGGGGGGCACCUGCGGCAGCUGCAAGCCCAGCCCGAGCGGCCGGCCCUGAACGGGCGAUCCACGCCCGGGCAGUCGCCGUCGCGGCGGCCCCUGCAUGCACAGCAGCAUCAACAAACGCACCUUGCUGCUCAUGUCGGUAGCAGUGAGCGCGGGGGUGCAAACGGGGCAUCAGCGGGCGUGGGCGGCAGCGGCCUCAACGGAGCGAGCAGCAGCAGCAGCGCCGGUGCCGGCGCCAGCGCCAGCGCCAACGGAGCAGGCUCCCCACAGCCGGUGGCGGCGACCACGACUCCAUCCUCGCAACCGGCAGCAGAAGCAGCAGCAGCAGCCUCAGGGUCUGCAGCUGCAACAGCUCGGGCGGCAGCACCGGCGGGGCCCUCGGGGCGGCGGGCGUGGGACCCGCCUCAGAUCACGCACAUGAUCAAGGGCUGCGGCUCUUGGCGGGAGCUGCGCGAGGCGGUGCGGGCCUUCCAGGGCAGUCUCAACUCGGUGCACGCCACGGCGGCGGUCACGCGGCUCACGCACCUGCCCGCGCCGUCGGCACCCGCGGAGCGCCGGGAGUGGCUUGUGUUCAUUGGCGAAGUGGUGGCGUUGGUGGAGGGCCUCGCCGGCAGCCUAGACGCACGCGGCGUCGCGAACAUCAGCUGGGCGCUCGCCAAGCUCGUGUCAGCUGCCGCAGCGGCAGCGGACAAGGCGGCGGAGUCAGAGGCGCGGCAAGCAGCGCAGCAGCCCCAGCUGCAACAGGACACCGCCAAGGCAGCAAGCCUGCUCUCCGCCACCCGCCUCACGGUGGGGUCUCUCCUGUCGCUGCCCGCUGCGAACCCCAACAGCGCCGUUGCCGUCCAAACCGCCAGCGCCGGCGCCAGCCGGGGCCCGGCUGGCGCCAUGCUGCCUCAGCACCUCGCCAACGGCCUGUGGGCGGCGGCGACGCUGGGCCUGGCGCCUGGCGACGCGGGCGGCUGGCCACUCCAUGCUGUGGAGGCGGCGCGGCCGCUCCUGGCGACCGGGGCCUUCACGGAGGAGGGGUUGUCGCAGCUGGUGUGGGCAGCCUCGGAGCUCGGGGUCGUUCCGGACGACGACUGGGCGCAGCACUUCUACGGCGCAGCGGGCCGCCUGGCACGGACCAUGUCACCGCACAACUCGUCAAACAUCCUGCUGGCGCUCGCGCGCCUGACCGCCGCCGCCGCGCCUGACGGCGCGCGACAGAGCGGCCGCAGCGUCGCCGCCGCCCAGGCCGAGGCGGAGCCGGGCCGGCGGAGGCUGACCCCUCCGAGUGCCGCUUGGCUGUCGCGCUUCCUGGACGCGACGGCGCCGCGUCUGGAGACGUCUGGGGAUGCUCUGGCGCUGGCGAACGGCGUAUGGGCGCUGGCGGUGCUGCAGGGGUCAGUUGAGGAAGCGGCGGGUGGCGGUGGCGGUGCUGCAGCGGUAGUGGCGACGCAGCGCUGGCUGCGCGCCUGCUACUCGGCGUUGCAGGGCACGGGCUCGCGGCAGCAGGUGCAGGUGCAGGUGCAGGUGCAGCAGCCGGCGCCGGGGCUCACGUCGGGCGGGGCGUGGGUGGUGGAGCGGCUCUCGGAUCAAGACGUGGCGCGGGUGCUGUGGGGACUGGCACGGCUGCAGGAGGACGCGGCAGCAGCGGCCUCAGCGGCGGGCGUUAGCAGCAGGCGUGCGCCGCAACCACCCGCGGGGCUUCUGGCGGCGGCGGAGCGGCGACUGCUUGGCCGCGCGACGGGCUUCUCGGCCAUGGCCGACCAGAGCUUUGCGAUGGCGAGCUGGGGUCUGGCGCGGCUGCAGCAGCUGCAGCAACAGCAGCAGCAGGGGCUGAUUGAGCGGCAGCAGCAGGCCCGUCAGGGCGCUGACAGUUGGCAGGCAGCUUGGCUGGACAGCGCGACCAUGCGCCUGAGCGGCAUGCCGGUGCAGGGCCUGCUGCUGACACUGCGCGCCGCCAGUGCCUGGGGCGUGGCGUUGCAGCCGGCGGCCGCCGCCAGCGGCCGCGGGCAGGCGGCGGCGGGGCCGGCCGCCUCCACUGCGGCGGCCGCGGCGCAGCGCUUCCUAGCGGCGGCCACGGCGGCGGUGCUGCAGCCCUGCCAUGCGCACCUGCGACCGCGGCUGCUGCUGGCGCUGCUGGACGUCAGCAAGGCUAUGAGCGUAUUGCCGCUGCCUUCUUCCGCCACCACUGCGGCGGCGUCCGCCGCAACGCCCGAGGAGGAGGAGGCGGCACAGCCUAGCCCCGGCUCCACGGUCGCGGCGGGUCGUGCGCUCCUGGAGGUCGUGGCGGGCGAGCUGCACGCCGCGGCAGCCGCACCGCCGGCCCGCCGGCCCGCGACGUCAGCCGCCGCGUCAGCAUUCUUGGGAGGCUCUGGCGCCGCCGCCAGCGCGCCACAGGUGUGGGAUGCGACGUCGUUGCUGCGCUGCGGCGCGGCCAUGGCGGAGGUGGGCUACGUGCCGCCGCCGUGGUGGCGGCAGACCUUUUUUGGGCGCGUGGUGACGCUGGCGGGCCUCCCGUUGCCCGCCACGCCUGCCUCCACCGCAACCAGCACUUCCGGCGUUGACGACGACACCCCGGGCUCGGCCGCCGGCAUGCGGGUAUCAACAGACGCUACUGCCGUUCUGACGGGGCCGCGGGUGGGCGGCGGCGCGGCGCACAACCUCAGCGCCGGCGAUGUGCUGCUACUGCUUACCUGCUCCCAGGCCUGGUCCGCUACAGCCAGUGACGCCACGCUGGGCGGGCUGUUGUACGGUGUGCCGUAUGGCGGUUGGCAGCCGCACGUGGCGGCGGAGGUGUGCCGGCUGCUGGCGGCGCAGGAGCGGCAGCGCGCGGCGGCGGCGCGGCAGCAGCGCUACGCCGUGCAGCGACAGCAGCUGGCGGCGGCCGCCGCCGCCGCGGCGGCGGCACGUGCUAGCAACGGCCUGGCGGCGGCGAUGAUGGCAGACUUGGAGCCUUCGGCUGAGGAGGUGGCCGUGGACGGGCGUGUGGCUUUUGCCAAUCGGCGGCGGCUGAACGGCGCGCUGAACGGAACUCUGAACGGAACUCUGAAUGGCAGCGCUGGUGGGCACUCCGAGCACGGCGGCUUGAACGGCAAUGCGGAGGGCCAUGCCUGGCGGGAGGACGGGUUGGGCAGUGCGGGCGCGGGAUCCGGGUCUCGGCACUUCGUGUCCUUGCAGCGAGGCCCGGGGCGGCCAGUGGCGGCGGGGCCUAUUGGCGACGGGCGAAGUCUGCUCAGCACCUGGCCUGGCGACAGCAGCGGCGACAGCGACAGCGACGGGGCAGUAGCGGCGGCUUCCGCCGCCGCAGCCGCUGCCGCAGCUGCUGCUGGCGCGGUAGCGUUGGCGGUGCCCCUGGGCUCCAUCAGUCGCAGUGGUGCCGUCGCUUCUGCCGGACCGGCGGCGCAGUCCGCAGCCGAGCCAGACAGUAGCGCUGCGCCGCAGGCGCUGCGGGCGGCGUCUGCUGCUGUGGGUCGCCGCACGCCCGCCCACCGCUUCAUCCAGCAGGUCGUGGGCAUCGCCUGCACCUCGCUCGCCGCCCACCGACCAGGCGGCAUGCGGUCCGGCAGCGGCAGCGGCAACGGCAGCAACGCCUACGCAGGCGUCGGAGCCGGAGCCGCAGCCGGGCAGGAAGCUGGGGAGGUUGCGUCAGCGCCUCUUGACGCGCCCUGGACGCCGCGUUGCCUGUGUGUGCUGCUGGAGGCAGCGCACUCGCUGGGGCUGCAGCUCAGCCGCGGCCAGCGCCGCGCCCUUGCGCUGGGCCUAGCCCACCACUUGCAAGCCCUCGCCACAGCAGCACCACCAGCCACAGCGUCCGCAGCAGCAGCUCCAGUAGCAGCUCCAGCAGCAGCAGCGGCGGCGUCGUCUCAGGCGACAGGGGUGUCGCCUGCGGCGGACCUGGUGCCGCUGCUGUGGUCCAUGUCCCGACUGGGCGUGACGCCAGCGAUGCUGGGGCAGGGCGGGCGGGCGGCGCUGGUGGCGGCGCUGGCGCGCAGUCCCGCGCUGCAGCCUGGCGCGCUGGCGGACUGGCAGCUGUUCAUGGCGCUGGAGGUGAUGCAGGCGUGGCGGGUCGUGCCGCCGACCGCCUGGGCUCAGCGAGUUCCGCAGCGCCUGGUGGCGUGGCUGCAGGGGCCCGCGGGCCGGCGGCUGGAGGACGCAGCAGCCGCGGCGGCAGCAGGUGCGCACGUGGUGGACAUGCCGCUGCUGCUGACGGCGGUGCGGUCGGUGCAUUACCUGCGCGGUGCCGCCGCCGCCUCGUCUGCAGCCGCAGCGGCGGCGGCGGCGGCUCCGCCUGCUGCGCAAGGCGGGCAGCCGGCGCCGCUGGCGCCACCGCGCCUGCAGCGGCCAGGAGCUCCCGCUCCGGGUGGUAGCGCGGCUGCGGCGGCCUCCUCGUCUGCAGCUCCGGCGCCCUCAGCGGCGUUUGACGACCACGUCUGGCCGCAGCUGUGGCCGGCACUGCGCACGGCGGUGCGGCUGCAGCUGCCCACCCUGUUUGCGCUCUCGCCCUCCUCCAUUCCCACCUGCGCCGCGCUGCCCCACUUCGCCGAAGGCGCGCCGGCGCUGGCGCCAGCCGCUGCCGCUGCGCCGGCGCGCGAGCGGCUGGCUGCGCUGCUGGCGGGCGCGGCGCUGGGUGUGCUCACGUACGAGGACUGGACCAGCUGGGCUGUGGUGGAGCUGAGGGGGCUGGCGCACAACCUGCCGCCGCCGCUGUACCCGGCCUGGCUGCGCGCGGCGGCGGCGGCGCGGCCGCACUUCCCUCGUAGCGCGCACGAGGACACCUUGGUGGCAUUCUGCCUGGCCAGCGGGCCGCGGCUGCAGGCGCUGCCGCCCUCGCUGCUGCAUGCCACACUCCUGGCGGCCGGCCGCGCCGCCAAGGCGCUGCGCACGCAGCUGUCGCCCGACUGGGCCUCGGAGGGUCUCCGCCGCUACUCGCGCUGCCCCGACGCGCUGCCGCCGGGCCAGCUGGCCCAGGUGCUGGGCGUGCUGCGCCUGCUGGGCCGCGUGCCGCCGCCGCGCUGGCAGGUGGCGUACGCGGGGGUCGUACGACAGGCGCUCCCGCGCAUGGAUCCGGCGGCGGCGGCUGCCAUGCUGCGGGAUGCGGCGGCGAUUGGGCCGGAGCUGGAAGGGCUGCUCCGAGGCAUCGUGGGCGAGCACAUGGCGGCGCUGGCCCGCACGCGGCGGCUGCAGCAGGAGCAGCUGCAGCAGCAGAUGCUGUUGGCUCAGCAGCAGGCACUGCAGGGGCAGGGGCAGGCGCAGUUUGAGGGGGAGCCAGGUCAGGGGCAGGAGCAGGGCGGGGCAGUGGCGCUGAAUGGCACGGGAGCCGGUGAGGGGAGGGGUAGGGAGGCAGGGGCCGCGUUGAACGGGGUGCUGGGCAUCCAGGCCCCGCGGCGAGAAGUGAGCAGCAGGCAGAGGCAUUGACGUGUGAGUGAGAGGUCAGUGAGAGGAACUGCGUGUGUUCGAGAGCUGAAGUCGGCACGUGUCAGUGCAACAGGGGUGUGUGCAUGGUAGCAGCAUUGCCGCAAACAGAGCAGGACAGACGUCGAACCAGUGCAACGUAAGGAGGGCGAGGCUAGGGCCUUGCAACUGCAUGAGAGACAGGGCGCAGAGCGCAGUUUUGCAGACAUUACAGUAUGUAACAAGCUCGACUAAUGGCGGGGAAUGAGGCUGUCAGUAGGUGUGAAUGGCGUUGAGCAUGACACCUAUUGCUCUUGACGUGAUGACGGCAGCCACGUGCUGGCGUGUGUGGAGGCGAUGGGACAGGGUAAGGGGCAGGUUGGCGUGGUCCCGUAGUGUGCAGCGUAUGUGGAACAAACACACGCUGACAGGCAGGAGGCGUGGCGCGGGGAACAAGGAUGGGGUGCUCGCUGAUUGCUGGGAAUGGAAAUGUAAACGGGCAGGAAG